ACACACAUACAUUCACAGACAUUGACUCACACUCACAGACAGACACACGCGCCCAUACACACACACACACACACAACACAUAUGCCAGGCAAAGCUCAGAUACAGAAAUACGCAGUCAGGCACAGAAAUGUACGCUUACAGCCGCAUAUACACAUACACAUAGAGCCAAGCAAACACACACAUACAGGCACAUAGAGCGAAGCACUCACACUCAUAGCCAAGUUACAGACACGCACUCUCAUGCAGCCAAGUUACACACACUCACACACGUAGCUAGGAGCAAAGCCACUCAGUGAAGAAUACACAUUAAUUGAGCACACAAUAACAUAAACACACGCUCGCACUCACACAGCAGCCAGGCCACACAUAUACAAUAAGCCAUGGCAGCAUACAUAGUAGUCUACACAGUUGCACAGACACACACACAGUGAGACAUACACAGCCACAGAGAAUUACUCCCAAGCCAGACAGCAGCGCCAUAUUUGCUGCGCUGUCUUUCACAGAAAGGUGAAACGACGCACCAUAACUGUCGACCCCUACUCAAUACCACCAUCACCACCAGGACAUCACAGAAUAGAACACUCACACACAUGCACACACACAUACAUACAUACAUACAUACACACAUACAUAUAGCAUAACACAGAGAGAGAGAGACAUGCGCGCGCGCACUUGUACAACAAUAACAGCGACACUACUGUACAUCGAAUAUAAUAACUAAUAGUCUGUCUAACCGCACCAACGUAGCAGACAAUCACCACCACACGACAGUGUAUACAAAUUACGACACCAUAACUGCCGACACUAAUUAUAACACCACUCUUGUACUACACUCGCAACGCACUACCACAGCUACACUGCACAUAUUAACACCAUAACUGUCUCCCCCCCCCCCCAAUUAUGAGUCCACACCACGCCACGGCAACACAGUAAUAUCUCGGUGUUACAUUACGCACUAUCAUCCCUACCACAACACUACUAACACACCACAACACUGCAUUUAUACUACAAACACCGCUACCUUCUGCAUGUCUCCAUAUAAAAUAUGCUGGCCACAUUCAAAUGGAUAUUUAUAGUCCUAACAUCAAUCGGAUUACACAUAGGUUCUGCUGGAUUGCAUGAGUAUGAAUUGAAUUUGGAAAUAACAACGACAACAACAAAAGAAGUGAGAGCAGAAGAAGAUGAGAACCAUGCUUACUGUGCAUACUACAACGAUGGUCAAUCUGGCAACGAAGAAAAGCCCAAUCAUGACACCAUAAUGCCUGACAAUGUCACCAUCCGGUGUUCUAAGCCCAAUGACUAUUGCUUCUCAUUCUGGUUUAUUUCAUCUGACAACAGCGGUAACAUAUCCCUCAUCAGACAAGAUUGUUGGAGUUACACUGAAUCUGAGAAGUGCAAAGAUGAAUGUGUAGCUCAAUUAAGCCAUGCCAACAUUGACAAAACGAACAACACUCCCAUGUACUGCUGUUGCUCUGGUUAUAGGUGCAAUGCCAAUUUCACACAUGAAAACAGGUCUCUAAGCAUUCUUCCCUUUGCAACAACUACAGUUCAUCCUGACAUAGACAAGUUCAGUGAAAACACCAUCCUCAUCAUUAUAAUAUGCUUGUUUGGGGCUGGCAGCUUUAUAUUCGUCCUGAGCUUCUGCAUAUACUGUGUCUACCGGAAACGGCAGCAUCCACUGCCAGAAAUCAUAGAAGAGGCACCAAGUGCACCACCUGGUAUCGACAUUAGUAACGUGAAGAUGUUGGACGUGAUCGCAAAGGGAAAAUACGGAGAGGUAUGGUCCGGCAAGCUGAACGGUCUGCCUGUAGCUGUGAAGGUCUUCCAUCAUAACCAUCGCCAGUUCUACAAUAACGAGAAAUAUAUCUAUGCUUUGCCAUUCAUGGAAUUUGACAACCUACUCAAGUUCUAUGGUGCAGAUGAGCUGGUUAACAGCGAAGGGCUGCACCAGUAUUGCAUUGUGCUUUCUUACGUGCCGAAUGGCACACUAAUGAAUUACUUACGGGAACACUCUGUCGACUGGUCGGAAAUGUGUCGCAUCAUACUCUCCCUCACUCGUGGCUUGGCCCAUCUGCAUCUGGACAUCACCAAGGGAGAUAAGGUGAAACCUGCCAUUGCCCACCGAGACUUCAAUUCAAGGAACGUCCUCAUCCGACCCAACUUGAGUUGUGUCGUGGCAGACUUGGGAUUCUGCAUGGCAACCAUGGGUUCCAAAUUGAUUCGGAAUGGCUAUUCCGAGAGCGCUGAGCAGUCUUCGCUCACUGAUGUUGGAACUGUACGUUAUAUGGCUCCUGAGCUGCUGGACGGUGCUGUCAACUUACGUGACUGCGAGGCUUCUCUUAAACAGAUAGACGUCUAUUCUUUGGGGCUGGUUCUCUGGGAAAUUGCAUCUCGCUGUUCUGAUCUUUGGCAAGGGGUUCCAGUUCCUGAAUAUAUGCUACCUUAUCAAGCCGAAGUAGGUAUUCAUCCGUCAUUCGAAGAGAUGCAGAUUUUGGUUUCAGCAAACAAGAAACGUCCAUGGCUUCCAGACAUGUGGAAAGACUCAAAUGUGGCUAUCCACACUUUGAAAGAAACAAUUGAAGACUGCUGGGAUCAUGAUGCGGAGGCAAGGCUUACUUCAUUCUGUGUCAUUGAAAGAAUAUCGGAUCUGUCUGCAAUGUCUCCUCAUGAUUCUCGAUUAAAAGGUGUGACACCAACUCUGAAUUCUACCUCCACACACAUCACAGUGUCUGAAGAUGCUGCAGGAAUUUCUGCAGUUCAGAGGAAUUGCUACCUUGCCACGUCUAGUAUUACUGCCGAGAAUGGUAACUCAUUGCCAACAGAGAACAGCAUGGCCCCUUUGAUAAGCCAGGGAAGCAGUGGAGAGAAUACUUUAAAUGGACAAGCAAGAAACUCUUGGACACCACAAGAGAAAAGUAUGUCUGCCGUAACAACAGAAACUAUGCUGACUCUUAGCCCUUCCCAAUCUGACCCUCCUCCAGACUACCACAGCAUUGCCCCCCAUGGCCCUCCAUUGAGUGAUCCACCACCACACUAUGAAAACGAAACGCAGACCGGCUACAAUUUCUCCAAAAUACCAAACACAAGCCUUGUGAAUGGUCAGCCACGUAACACAUGGUUGACUCCUGAUAACAUUUCAACAGCGCACACAAACACUGCUUUAUUGUCUUCCUCUGAUUCAGACCCCCCACCGAAAUAUCUGAACAUUAAUCAUGCCAAAACGAACACUGUGAUUCAGCCACAUCAGGGUCGAAACCCUACAGUCGAACGUAACACUCACAAAAGAAGCGAUGAAGAGCUGACUGUGUCAGGAAACACUCUGAUUUCUGCCAGCGCCAAACGAGAGCAAGAACAAAAGGAGCAGUCUCUAAGUGCACCUACUUCUCAGUUUCACGAUGAUCCUUUUGACAGUGGACCCGACAAUGUAGAAAGUUCUUUAGUCCAGAAUGAGACAUUCAACUACCAUCGCAAUGCUCCUAUCCAAUACUUACAAAAUCAAGUUCACAGCGAUGGUCCACUUGUACGACCCAAAAUUGCCAACGUCCCUGGCAAUGGAGUACCUUACAGUAAGUUAGCCAUCAAUGAGAAAACACCAAAAUCUAUCUUCAAAUGCAAAAAGCCUAAAGAUUUCACCAGUAGGUUGACACAGCUGGGGAAAAACUUACUGUCUCGCAGCAGCCAGAGUAUUGAUGGGAAGCAUGGCCGAGAUAAAAAUAGUCGUCGUUCAACUGAUCGGUCUGGUUACAUCAACCUGAUAGCUUCACCUCAGCAACCGGUUCAAACUGAAGUAUGUCUUCAGAACGGCAGUACAGUUGUGCUCCCAGUUAGUAACACAGUGUCUUCAUCUGUGAUGACCACUGCAGAGCAGGACAGACUUGGGUUAACGGAAAUGGGUGUGCCAAACACCACAACCAUUCAUCAAAAUGGCCAUGUUCCUACUGGUGCAGUCGAUGCACAAGUUAGAAAUAUAUCUGAUUCCAGUGCAGAUGAUGCACCCAGCCAUACAAAAUGUCCACCGGCUUAUUUAAACAAAACAGCUAACCCUGUGAACAGCUGCAAUGAACUGACUGAUAUGAAGUCACAGCGGCCCACAUCCCUUCCCCUCAAAGUCCACAACAACCCACCACCUGACAGUUCGGCUCAGUUGCCUGUAAAUCAGACUCAAGCCACGUCAGAUCCCAGCGAAAAGAUCCGCAACCGGAUUAAGACUCCCUUAAAGAUCAAUCGCAACAGACUGUCAUUGUACGACGACCGUGUCAUGUCACGGAGCUGUGAAGACUCUGUUACCGAACCAAGCAGAUUCCGACUGAGCAACUCCAGCUACAGCUUACAACAAUUCGACACUAGCACCACCUACACCAACACUGCAAACAGACCUGACUUACACACAGAACAGUGCUGACACUUAUUACCUCGGUUCCUUUAAUGGGUGGAAUCGUGAGAUGAUAAGUUGAUAUGAUGGGUGGGUGGGCGGGCGGGGGGCCCCCUUCAGUUUCUUCUCAAAGAUCCUGCCAAAGAUUUAACUUUACCAAACUUUAUAUUAUUGUCAAUUUUCGUUUCGUUUUCUUUUCUUUUAUUUUGGCUUCAUCAAACUAAUCAGCGAUUUUUUUUUUUUUUAAAUCUCUUUCAUUUCCUCGUUUUAUCCUACAUUCCCCCACCCUUCAUUGCAUCCCUCCCAUCCAGCUGCCACCCUAAUCUUUUGUCAUGGUUCCUCUUUGCCUGAAAAAUCUCUAACAAUUUCUCAGUGGUUCACAAACAUUCAGUCUUAGACAUACACACACGCACACACACACACACAUAUAUAUAUAAUAUGCAUUUAUAUUAUUUGAGUGUGAGUGAGUAUGUAUAUAUAUGUGCAUACCUGCAUAGCAGCACAUGCACACAAACACAUCCAUAUAUACAAACAUACCUUUCCAAUCUGUACAGUAUUACAGACCCAGGAGUGAGUGGGUGAAGCCAACGCUAAAUGUAAAGCAGCUGUUUGUGAGAUGUUUGAUUGAGGAGUUGAAAAAUUAGCUUAUUUCGUGCAGUUGAUAAAACUAAUUCCUUCAAUUGCUGCAACAGGUCUGUUUAAACAAAUCUAGAAUCUGGGGGUUGAAAUUAAUUUUUGGAAGGACAUAGGGUUGCGUGAGGUUUGAGUAAAAAGGGGAAUUGUCUAUGGUGAAAGUGUUUGGUUUCUGAGGAAAAUGUUCUUUUGGAGGCUAAUUUUCUUACCUUGUUUGUCCACCGAUGAGAUCUGAAGCAGAACACAUUGUCAGCAUGGUCAAGUUGGUAAAAAUGAUGUUCAGGCUAUGACUCUGCAUUUAAAGGGCGCUCAAUUCCAGCCGAAUUUAGUGAUACCUAUUCGUCUAUUUGUUGUUUUAGUGCGAGAUAUGUGUCUGUGUAUAUGUAUUUGUGUGUGUAUGAAUCACUGGUUUGUGUGUAUCUGUGUCAGGGUCACUGUUUCAUGUACCUUUUUUUUUUUAACUUUUAAGAACUGUUUUGUCAGACUACUAGUCUCCUUCAAAGCAGCAAAUCAAACCCUUACAAAACCCCUACAUCAACUUUUCCUAACACUCAAACUGAUGUCUUAAGCCAUUAGAUCCGGUGAUGGAUUUCUUCUUACCUCUACAAGUUGAUGGCUGCUUGAUGGUCCAUUGCUGUCCAUAGAUCUCUCAGAGGGCUUUCAUGCCCUGCUGCCAGUUGUUGUUUGUCCAUAACUAUAUUCAUUGCCAUCCACCAGUUUCACAAGUUGCCACCGAAAAGACUGUGGGGUCGCCAUCCACAGAUUUCCUAGCACCACGAAGUCUCCGACUACUCAAGCGCCAUAACCCUAAACCUCUACAUCUCCUCACUACCAGCAGUGUUACCACUACUACUACUACUACUACCACCACCACUCCCAACCCAAGCAAAGCUGCUGCUGCUACCACACCAACAGCACUACACGUUCACAACUGUCUUUAAAUCAGUAUGAUGAGAAGAACCAGUCAUAAACAUGGUAAUGGCUCUUAAGAGGACAAAACAUGCAAAUAUUCACCCAACAAUAAUCUUUAACAGUUUAUGAUUGUUGCUGUUUAGCUCCAGGCCAGACCUGACUGAACAGAUCUGAUCUAAAACUGUUCCAGCCAUGACCAUCCCACCUCUUCUUUUCGGACGUAGUAUAUCUAGGACUACAUUUAUUGAUGUAUCCUUUCAGUCUUUGUUUUUUUUUUUUCUUUGUUUUAAAGACAGUUGGGUGGGAUUUGAAGUCGAAGGAGUUUUGGCUGCUAUCUUUUAGUGGGCCGAGUGACUGCAUAGAGUUUUCCCAGGGUCCCUUCAUUAGCUCGAGUUUUUCUGGUAAGAUAAGGAAGUACAUGGAGUGACAGAUUUCUAAAGAAAGACAAGAAUUUGGUUGCUUCACAGCAGCAGUGCCAUGUGAUGUUGUAUAAAAGUGAAGAUGUGUUAGUGUUUCCUACUCAAACACAGACGUCGCCAUGUUUGUGACAAAAUAACUACAAUUACAACAACUAGCCACCUUAUCUUUCUUCUCUUUCUUCUUCUACUUCACAUGCUGCUGUUUACACAAACAUUUAUUUUUGAUUUUUAUGUUGUUUAUUUUAAAUUCUUUUUUUUUUUUUAAAUCUAAAUCUUUUAUUGAUUGUACAUAAAGACUGACAUAACAUCUUUA